GACAUUUGUCUUUCACUCUAUUGAGGAAUAAAGUCUUUUUUUCCAGAAUAUCAUCCAAUAUUUUGCUUUUAAUAGAUGAAAUAUAUAAUAAUUUGGUAAUUAAGUACAAUGAAUUGCAACUCAUCCAGUUUAUUAGAACCAUUGAAUCUCACAACCAUCGAUGAUGAUUGUAAGACACUGAUUUUUGACUUUUUCGAAUGGGAGGAUUUACUCAGUUUGGCGGAUACUAGUAAAAAACUAUAUGCAGCAGCUUGUGGUGUCUAUAGACGAAAAUAUGGCAAAGGAAGAUUACAUAUAAUUUCGGAAAUUCAAAGAGGCUCGUUUGUCCAACCAGAUGUCGAUGUAGAUGACCGUGGCAAAGCAUUGAAGCUUCUCAGAAAUUUCGGCCAUCUUGUUUCACACUUGUUUUUUUCAACUUACAAGGGCAGAUACGAGCCUGUAGAAUUUGUAUUUUUAAUUGAAAAUUAUCUCGCAGAGUAUUGUUCAAAGACACUGAAACAUUUAGAGUUGACACAUCCACCCAUGAUUUUAUUCAAAGAAAUACGAAACCCAUUCAUUAAUAUUGAGAACAUCGAUUUGCAUGGUUAUCAAGCGCCAAUUUGUGAGUUUCCUUUCAGUUCUGUAUUCCCUAAUUUGAAUUUGCUACAGAUCUGGUUUAGCUGUUUUUCGGAAGAAUUUACACCCAUUUGUAUACCACAGAUGAAAAAACUGUCUCUUUUUGGAGGCAGAAUUCACCAGAGGAGUGAAUUAAAUGUCAACAGAGCAACGAAUUUUGAAGAAAAUGAAAUUAAAGAGAUGCUAAGACUCAAUCCACAGCUAGAAGAGUUGAAACUAAAUUUGUACAGCAUAAAAGAUAUUAUUUUUCAAGAUCUCAGUCUACCAAACCUCAAACGUUUAUCACCAACAAUGCAUUUUAAUUCAAAUAUUAAAAAUGCUGAUCGAUAUCAUUUCGAAAAUGUUAUUGACUUCAAUUUACCAUUUCACAAAAUAACAAACAUUCCAUUCACAUUCAGCCAACUUGAACGCUUUGAAUAUUCAUGUUUUGAAGAUAAAACCAUCAAACCGUAUGUUCUCGAAUUCAUAUCUGAGAAUAAAUACUUAAAAUCUGUUAUACUAACCAAUGUAUGGGAUGGAAUAAAUAGCUUAUUUCCGAUACUGACUGAGUUGAAUCAUAUUGAGGAAGUCAGCGUUGAAACUACGCUCUAUGAAAUUCCAUCAUCAACUUGGAAUCUUAUUCCCGAAUUAUUUUCACAAAUUCAAUCACUCAAGAAGUUUACCUUGUGGAUAAGUAGGAUAAGAAACUUUUCAGAGAAAAUAAAAAAUGCCACGCAAAACAGAAAUCCUCGUUGCGUUUGGAGCAAAGAUGGAGGCAAAUUCGGUUCUGAUUUGAAAUUAACAUGGUUGCGGUCAUAGAUUCUCACGCAGGGUAUUAAGGGUAUUUUUGACCCCCUCUGAAAAAAAUUGACCGUACGCGAUUUUUGCUGAAAAAUGAAUGUGUUGACCUUUUUUUUAGCUCUUCACUUUUUUCCGGACAGCAAUUUACACUAGAUAGAAUCUUUUUUCGAAACUCAAGACCUUUUUUAGCUUUUUUCUUACAAUUGAAUUUUUUUGACCCUCGGCGAAUUUUUCGUCUUACCACCUCUUAAAUUUCAAGCGUGAGUACGUAUGGUUGCGGUGAAACAUUUUUGCAAAAAAUUCGAAACAAUUUUACCAAAAUCAAAAAUAAAUUUGACUUCUAGAAUUGUAAAUCUCUUGUGUACCAUUUUUUAACUGUUGUUUUCUUAUUUUUAAUUUUUUUUUUUUGAAUAAUCCUUGAAUUUAGUAUACAGUUUUUGCUCUUCAUCAAGAGUUGAUAGAGUCAUCCAGAAUGUCAAUAUCGGUUUCACCGAAGUGAUAAACAAUAAACCAUAUCCAUAUCUUCCUUCUGCUUUAAUGUUAGACGUAAUGACUAUCGCAUCUGUUUAAGCUGCUAAAUUUUCCUUGAUGUGUCGAUAAAAUGCGGCACAUUCUAUGUGUUUAUUGCAAUAAACGUCCGGAUUCGGUGCCUGGUCAUUCUGAUAUUUCUUCAUAGUGUUCCUGCGGUGAUGGCAACAAAAGAUUUUAGUUUUAUAAUUGAAUACAUAUUCAAUAAAACGCCAAACGAACUCACUCAAACACAUCGGUCCAGUACUGCUUCACGAAAUCGAUGCAUUGAACCGGGAUUUGUAAUUUAUCACAGACAUAUUGUGCAUCUUCCCAGUCUGUUUCGGCUGAACAGUAACUCGAACAGUAACGAAACGUCAACUAAAUCUCAAUUCUUCAGGAAAACACCACGAAUAUCAAAGCCUGUACACGAUGAGAGAGAAAAAGAGAAGAUCUUCAGUAUGUUUGUGCACUUUAUUAUAUUUCUCUCACUUUUCACGCCAUACCUUUUUGCUUCAACAAGAAACCGGCCACCGCUAAAUCAACUCCACCCGAAAUCCCCACCAUGUCUUUUCGAAUCAUUUUUCAAAAACAAAUUUAAAGGCUCUCUGCUGGGAUUCAUGCUGCCAUCAGACAAUUGUUUAUUUACAUGUAUAUUUUAUUGACAAUUUUGUCAAAAAUUGAGGCGACUACAGACUACAAUCGAUGUUAUAUUAUAAUUAUUGCUGCUCUUCCAUUUUGAGCGUAUCUGAAUUAUCGUCCUUAUUGUAAUGGGUGAAGGAAUGUUUUCGUAGUUCGGUUUGAAGUCGAAACGAUUCACCGCAAUCACUGCAUUGAUACAUAUUUUGGCCCACAUGCGAACGCAAGUGCUUUGUCAAAUCGUUGCUUUGCGAAAAUGAACGCGGACAGUAUGUACAAAUGUAUGCUGAAAAUGAUGAAUGAACGAAAAAAUAUCAAAACAUUAAUAGAGAAUGUUUUAAGGAGAGAAAAAUUAAAAAUUCUUCUGUUGCACAUACGUCUCUCGCCGGUAUGGGUUCUUAUGUGGCGCUUCAAAUGGUCGUUACUAUAGAAUCUUAGCGAGCAAGUGUCGCAUUGAUAUCGUCGAUCACCGGUGUGUAUUCCUGCAAAAAAGUCAGAUAAAACAAGCCAAAAAGUCAGUAAACUUUCAAUAAACUAAACUAUAUAGCUAGAACCGAAUUGAAUCAUUUCGCAACUAACUUUUAUGCUUUUUCAUCGAUCCUUUGGUUGUGAAUGAUGAGCCACAAAUGUCGCAAACGUGCUGUUUCUGCCCAGAAUGAACGAGGGAAUGAGUUCGUAAUGCGGCUUUCCAUUUGAAUUUACUUGGGCAUAGAUCACAGGCAAAGGGCUUUUCUUCGGUGUGCAGCAUCUGGAGGCUGGCCAACGAAUGAAUAGUUUUGAAGGAUUUUCCACACUCCGCACACAAAUGGUCUGCAACGAGAAACAAAGAGAAAAAUUGAUAAAAAUGAAUUCAUUUAUAGUGAAUUUGAUCCGAUUGAUCCAUACUCGCAUGAUUGUCUCGAAUGUGUGCUUUUAAUUUGCGUUCAUUGAAGAAAACCAUGUUACAAGUGCUGCAGAUGAUCGGUUUGGCUUUUUUAUGCCAUUCAUGGUGUAACACUAGUAGGAAAUGCAAAGCAAAUUCCUCGGCGCAUUGAUCGCAUUUGUAGGCUUUUAGAUGAUCCUUGUGCAUAUCCUGAAUGUGUUGCUUUACAGCGGUGAGUGUGUUAAAUGACUCUGAGCAAUAUUCACAUUCAUGAAUGUUUUUGGUGUGUCUCGACCGAUGCCGAAACCAACUGUUUAUGUGAAUGAAACGCAUAUUACACGUGGUACAUUCGAAUGGCUUCCGUAUGUUGUUAUGCUCGUUCAUAUGUUGUCGCAGGUCAUUCAACAGCUGGAAUGUUUUUCUGCAUUCGAAACAUUCAAACACUUUAUCUUCUUCAUUGGCUUUGUGUCGACUUCGUCGUAGCGUCACAGCUUGUGUGGCUUUCGCUUUCGUCGUAUUGCGUCUUUGUCUUAACCGACCAAUUGGCAUUUGCGAUGAUUUACUCCCGAUUUCAUCACUCUUCUCCAUUUUGAUAUUGUUUACAUCAAAAUUUUCCUCCAAACAAAUAAGCGACGAGCAUGGUUGGCUGAAUAUCAAACUCCAAACUGUCGUUGCCAUCGUCAACAAUAUUCGGCGGUUGAAGAAUCCCCGACAUCGCCGCUACCGCUGUCGUUCCCAAUUCAUAGUCGUUUUCAAUUUUUAUGUGUGCAUCGAUUGCAUUUUCAUUUAUAGCGUGUAUUGAUGGUGGUUCAACAUUUGGAAAUGUCUUAAAUUCGUCGGUAUUUUGGUGGUUUAGCGGUUGUAAUCUUUUCAUAAAAUAUUGCUCGCUCGCCUCACAAAGGUUAUGAAAUUCAUAGGUGAAUAUUAAAUUCGUCUUACAAUUCGGGCAAAUAUAUUUCGGGAGGCCGUCUAUUUUGUUCACUGGCCGUUUCAAGCAGUGCAUUAGCGUCUCGGCCAACUGGAUUCCAUUAUGAUUUGUUUCAAAUAAAUGAUAAUGAUUUGUUUCCGUUGCACAGACGCGGCAAAAAUACUCCAAUGAACUUCCAUCCAUUUUCGUUUUAUUUUAGCAAAAAUCCAUGCGAAAUUUCGAUUCGUUCUCUAUCUUUAGUCGCAAAAAAAAACAAACAAAACAAUAUUAUGUGCUGCUGGUAAACAAAUAAAAAUAUACUUGUUUUUGCCAAAUGUCAAUUGAACUGACAUUUACCGCUGCAAUACGAAUUGCUACACUGUUAAACAAUACGGUUGUUUGUGUGUAUGGGUGUGCGUUCGUGCAUUCGUUCGUGUAACCAAAUGAAAUCAUCAAGUGAAAGAAAUGUCAAAUAUUGUACGAAACACAACGCAAGAGAAAUUGAGAGACAAAUUGCCUAAACUUUUUGUUUUCUAGCUUAAAAUACCGAAAAAUGCCCGUGUACGAGAUAGCUCCCGUUGUAUUCGACAUCGGUUCGGCUUACACAAAGCUAGGUUUUGUACAAGAACCGUUCCCACGGAGUAUCAUUCCGACCGAAGUGAUAUCGGGAACGUCACCAACCACAUCAAAAUCACUCUUCAACUACAGUAAUCAGCUUCAGUUCUACGAUCAAGUGGUAGAUUUCAUUCAGACACUGUUCUUCAAGCAUUUGUUAGUCAAUCCAAAAGAGGGAAAAGUGGUGAUUGUCGAAAGUGUAUUGUGUCCGACAGAGAUUCGUGAUGUAUUCGCAAAGGUGUUGUUCCGACACUUUGAAAUCUCAUCGAUACUGUUUGUGCCGUCGCAUUUGGUGUCGUUGUCCACGCUGGCGAUUGACACGGCUUUAGUUGUUGAUAUCGGCCAAAAGGAAGCCACAGUAAUUCCAGUGUAUAGUGGUAUUCAAGUGUUGCAUUCAUGGCAGGCACAACCAUUGGCCGCCGAAGCUGUACAUGCCGAAAUUAAACGGCAACUACUAGAGAAUGGUGUCGCUAGCGAUUUACUUACCGAUGAAGUUGUCGAAGAAAUCAAAAUUCGAACAUGCUUCGUCACCACGUACGAACGAUCACAAAAGUAUAAAAACGGCGAAGAGGUCACACCGCCACCUGAUGUAAAUUACCCGAUUCACGGAAAAGAAACGAUAACGAUUUCGGGAAAAUUACGAGAAACAGCGUAUGAAGUUUUGUUUCCCGAGGACAAUGAUCGUUUGGGCUUGCCGUAUAUCAUAUUGGAUGCAAUUGUUGCCUGUGGCAUCGAUAUGCGUAAGACGUUGCUGGAAAAUCUAGUGAUUAUCGGCGGCACCGCCAUGGCACAAGGUCUGAUGGCUCGGCUGAAAAAUGAACUACUCGCUCUAUUGAAAACAGAUGUCUACAAAGAGAAAUUACACGCAAACACCGUCAAAUUCCAUCGUGUGCCGGCAAAAGAGAAUUUUGCAGCGUGGUUGGGCGGUUCAAUCUAUGGCGGCAUGGAAAUGCUCAAAACAAAAGGCCUUACAAAGGAAAACUACAUGAAAUUGAAUCGAGUACCCGAUUGGACCAAUUUAGAAGAUAAUCGUCCAUGGGGCAAUUAGGUUAUUAUUUAUUCCAUAUGAUUACACGUUACACUUCUUUUUUUAUUGUAUUUUGACGCUUUUUUUUAAAUAAUCGAAAUGUCCUCGUUUUUUCGGGCGAAUCUUCUUUAAAAAUCCGUAAAAUAAGAGGGGCAAAUCAAGAAAAAUGAAAUUCAAAUUGUAUAAAAUGACUAUUUAUCAUCAUUUAUUUAUAAUUAAAUUCAUUUCAUCCUUCAUUUAAAAAUAAAUGUUUGGAAUGUCCUCUUUUUUCGUUUCGAAAAAAAUGUCCUCGUUUUCCUCGAGGAAAAUCUAAGCACAUUAGCUUAACUGUUAAAGGUCUAAUAUCGGGACCAACCGAUACUUGUUCAAAGAAUCACUGGAUCUUAGUCAGCGCCUGUCCGGGCGAGAGUGCGGCGCACCGGGGCGCCUAUUGAAGAAACAUCUUUUUAACAAACGCGCUCUAGCGCCUUCGGCGCAUUCCAUGUUAGGAAUUGCUUUAAAAAAAGGGCGCUCGAGCGCUUUAUUUUGGGAGUUUUUUUUAGAAAAAGGCGCGCGAGGGCGCCGAAAGGAGCGGUUUUUCGAAAAAUAUAUUUUCAGCAGAGCGCUCCAUAUAAAAAAUAUCAAUUAGCAAUGCAUUUCUGCGAGAACAAUAUGAAUACACUCUCUAUUAUAUUUUGUGUUCUGUUUAUGAAGAGAGUAGCAAUAUGAACAGAGCGGAGUCACUGAGUUUUAUCACGGUAAAUGUAACAAGUGUAAACAAUAAACAAAACUCCGCCGCUACUUCGUCACACAAAAUAUACAAAAAUCAUUGCUGAGAUUGCAGAAAAGCCAAUUGUUCGGCGCGAUGGCAUACACAUGCAUCGAUUUGUGCUGCUUGGCAUUUUUUAUCGUUUUUGUGAGUAAUGAUCAAAUUUAUAUUCAUUUCAAUUCGUCAAUAAUUUUUGCCAUAAUAUCUCUCAAAAGUAUUAUGCAUUUUUUGGAAUCUUGUUCCACUUAUGGCUGUCAAAAAGUACUGGAUGAUGCAAAAGAGAUUUGUAAAAUUAUUCAAAUCCAACCUGAAUUCACAGGACGCUCGAAGCGACCUGCUGCGAGGCAAUGUGUAGUUUCCAAAGUGGAAUUCAAAGACAAUGUUUUUUUUAUUCAUAAUUAAGGUUGCUUCGGAUGCAAUCAUUGUCCCUUUCGAGGCACUUCAAUCAUUCAGUCAUCUCUUUUCAUUUUUGUAUGAUUUUGAACGGUUUGAAGAGAAUAAACAAAAUGGGAAUUUGUUGAAAUCUUGCAAGGAGCUUGAACAUGCUCUUAAAUGUGACGGACAAUCGGACAUUGAUGGUGAUGACCUGUUUUGUGAACUCAGCUUUGUUGUAACUUUGACACAGCACGAGAACGUCGUCCACGUCAUUGACAUUUUAAAUUCAAUUAUGAAGUUGAACAUGGAAAAUUCCGUUCCCAAUGCUGUCAUUGCAUAUCGUAUUCUACUCAGGAGUCUGGUCUCUAUUGCAACUGGCGAGCGUUCGUUUUCAAAGCUCAAAAUCGUUAAAAAUUAUUUGCGAAAUUCAAUGACUCAAGACAGGUUGAACGAUUUAGCAAUAAUUUCCAUUGAGCAUGAAACUGCAAAUGCGAUUAAAUAUGACGAUGUUAUUGGCGAGUUUGCGUCGAAAAAAGCCAGAAAACAACCAUUCGAUUAAUCAAAGUUUUAUAUUUUGCCAAAUUUUUUGAUUAGAUUUUCCAGCUCAUUAUUUUUAUCAUAUAUGAAAACAUAAUGUGAAUUUAUUAUUAUUCGUUUCUAUAAAUAAACUUCAAAAUCCAGUUUUUUUACUUCAAAAA